AUGUAUGACCUACUCGGGAGUAGAGGAACCAUUGACAUGGGUAUCAGGAGAGAAGCCACGGUAGAGGAGGUGUUACUGAGUCACCGUAGGAGAAAGAGACACAGAAGAACUAUCUUGAACGAUAUUGAGAAGGAGCUGGAUGUUUUGAGAGAUAAGCAAAAUGCUGCAGGUAGAGAUCUGGAUCUGUGGAGAGGCCCUGCGGGGUAUAAGGCCAAGUUUUCAAAUCGUAACACAUGGCUGAUGACUAGAGAGAUAGGGGUGACGUGUACUUGGGGCACAAGUGUAUGGUUUCCUCAAGCUACUCCAAAGUUUGCAUUCAUGGUCUGGUUGGCGACUAGAAAUAGACUUGCCACUAUGGACAGAGUGGCUAGCUGGAGUCCAGGGAUUGAUACUACUUGUUGCCUCUGCAAAAAUGCCUUGGAAACAAGAAACCACCUGUUCUUUGAGUGUUCAGUCUCAGCACACAUAUGGAAGCAACUCACUCAAGGUAUACUGCAAAGCUCGUUUGCUAGUAAUUGGGAUGCUAUCUCAAGUUUGAUCACCUGCGCAUCUAUGGGGAAGCAGAAGAGGUUCUGCCUAAGAUAUGUGUUUCAAACCACAAUAUACAGCCUGUGGAGAGAGAGGAACAGGAGGCGUCAUGGGGAAGCACCAGCGCCUAAGGAGGUCUUGCUCAAGCAAAUAGAUAAGGCUGUGCGGAACAAGCUUAGCCUUAUGCAGUCCAAGCGAGUAAAAGGAUUGGAGGGAGUGUUACAAUACUGGUUUGGAACUAGGUUGUAA